AUGGAGUCCCGAGUAGAGACGGCAGAGCCGUCGAACAAACGCCCUCGGUCUCCCACCAGUGACUUCCCUCCCCUGACCGCCAAAGCUCCCAAGACGCACUCGAACCACCUCCAGAUCAACUAUCUCGCCCGCCAAUAUCCCGACAACCUCCCGCUGGUAUCCGUCGACGACACCAUGCCGGCGAUCAUCCACCUGCUUGGUGAGUACGACGGUGUGCUGCACCGGCAUGAGAGCAUCGCCGGCAACCUCGGCGCAUGCCCGCUGGGCCCCAUCCUGAUUAAGCGCUUCGAGCGCCUCUUCGACGGGCCCCCGCGCGUGCUCAAGACGCACGGCAAGGAUGGCCCCACCGUCACUUGGCUCGAUGUAGUCGAGUUCGCCAAGAGCAAGCCCGAGCAAUUCAACCUGGAGAAGCAGCGCGACGGCGUGCGCGUCUGUCAGUUCUACACGAAGCAGUGUCGCGUGGAGAUCAGCGAGGAGGACUUUGUGCUCAUCGCUUCCGGCAUGCCGCAGAAGAUGAUUCCGCCGCAGCCGAUUAUCGAGGAUGAGGAGAAGGAGCUGGGCGCGCUGGAGAUCUUGGAGAAGAAUAUGCAGCAGAUAAUCCAGAUGGCCGAUCAAGUUUCGGCGCGAGCUCGGCAGCUGAACCACCGCAUGAAGAACCGGCGAACCGCCAUCGUGAGCCGGCGAGAGAACGAUGCGUCUCUGAAUCAGCCCCGCUCUGCCGGGGAGCCCUGGCGUGAGGCGAACGGUCACAGCUCGGGGUCCCUCUACGCCUCCUCGCCCUCGGCUGGGUUUGUCGCUGUCAAUGCGCAUCGCCAUGAUGAGGAAGAGAGUCUUUCGUCGCAGUUUAUGUUUUCUCACUCUAACACCGACAAUGUCACCAUGAUCAACGGCACCUCGAUCAAGGGCGCAUCCCCCACGACGCGUGCCGAGCUGAUGAAGAAAUUUUUUACCACGGCAGACCGCCAGGCGCGCGGCUACGAUGAUCCAUCGAACCCCAACCCGCCGCCCGCACGGCCGCGGGCACGGGUUUCCGAUGCGGCCGAGUACAGCCUUUACAACACCGCGGUGAACCCGGUCGCCAUCCCCAGCACGCCGUCCUCGCUACUGCCGCCACCAAAGGCGAGCUCUCAGGAGAAAGAAGAUGGAGGGCUCUGGAAGCUGGAAAUGAUUGCGCGCAUGAACGAGUUGAAGCGCGGGGAGCGUCUGACGCCGCCUUGCGAUCGGUGUCGGCGGCUGCACAUGGACUGUCUCAAGAACCUGACGGCGUGCAUGGGAUGCACCAAGAAGCAUGCCAAGUGUUCCUGGCGGGAGGUCAAAGAGGAGGAACUGCUUGCGGUCCGACCGCACAUCCUAUUCCCCUCCCGCUCAGGCGAGGAGUCGCCAAGCGGUCUUCCUACGACGGGCGUACAUACCCCGAGUAGCGCCCCGGGGCCCCUGGAACGCUCCGAAGGGUCAUUGGCAGACACCCACCAUCAUUCGCAUCAUAACCGGCACGAAUCCGCCCCGAGUGUUCCGCAUAUCGAGUCCGGAUCGACCGCCGCGAUGGCCUCGGACAGCUCACCCCGGCGAGCCCUGAGCGAGAGCGAUCAACCCUACCACCAACGGCGCGUCGCAGCCGGAAAUACCCGCCCACCACCCCCACCAGAUGACGAUGAUCCCGACGCAAACCAGCGCCUGAUGCAGGCUAUCCUCGACACGGUGGAUCACCACACGCGCGUGGCGGCUGCCGUUCAGGAGAAGGAGCGGGGCGCCGAACGGCCCGGGGACGGCAGCACUGACCGGGAUGCCGAGCGCGAUCGGGAGCGACGGCUAGUGCAAGCCUAG